GCGCGCAAGUCAACGUUCAGACGGUACUCUGUUUACGUUUAUAAUGUUAUCAUAUUCCAAGUACUUGUUUUGUUUGUUGGCUAUUAACACCGUAGAUAGUGUUGAAAUCUACUCAAAUUAUCCGGAUAUCAAAGCUCUUGAACAAUAUUAUCACUACCAGACAGUAAAUGGAGAAAAAGUUGAACUGCAGGUGUAUUAUGAAUGCCUAUGCCCUGACUGCAUAUCCUUUCAUAUAGGCCCUUUAGACGACGUAUACAAGAAAAUCGGAUCUUACAUAGAUCUCAAAUUAUAUCCGUAUGGAAAUGCUAAGAGAACAGAAGAAAAUGGUAAGACCGUUAUAACCUGCCAGCACGGGCCAGCCGAGUGUUACGGUAACAAGCUACACGCAUGCGCCAUCGACAUACUGAAGGACAUCAGUAAAUCAGAGUUCUACAACUCCUGUAUGAUGAACGGGACAUGGGGAGGCAGAGGAUCCACUGAUAUGGACGCUACUAAUUGUGGACAGUCAAUGGGAAUCGAUUCAAAGCCGAUCAUCGCAUGCGCUAAAAGUAAACGAGGUGAAGAUCUUCUGGAAUACUACGGAAAAGAAACAGACAGACUGAUAAACAAACAAUACGUGCCCUGGGUACUGAUAAACGGAGAGCUGUUUAACACCGAUGACGAUCUGAUGAAGAAAAUCUGUGAAACUUUGAGCAACUCGCCACCUCCGUGUGCAGAAUCAAGUGAUUAAACCUCCUCUUUUCAUCUAUCAAUAAUAAAUUAUUGAUAGAUAAAUUUUAC